CCCAGCGUGCUCAUUAACCAGGAAGGAGGAAAACCUGAUGCCAAGCAAAACCCCGAGCGCGGCCAGAGAGAGCGAGGCGGAGAUCGGCGCUCUCUCAGCCGCAGGUGCACACCAUGUGGACGACAGCAGCCUGCCUGCCCGUGGCGUGCCUCUUGCUCCAGCUCCAGGCUGCAGGAUGCUUUUCAGGAGACAAUGAUCACUUCUUGGCAAUUCAUCAGAGAAUGAGCAGGAAGCCAAUAUUCAUUUACCACCAUGUGCAAAGUGUCGAGAAAAGUUUGGAUACAAGUGAUCGGAAGGAUUAUGGGCACAAUUCCCACAUAUCUUCCCAUGGAAAAAUAAGCAAGCUGCACCCUGCUGUCAUAGUUAAGCCAGCGUACGAACCCUCUCUCAACCUAUUAGCUAUGACUGGUGAUGAGGACCAGGAAGUGGAAAACCUGCCUAUUCCAGCAGCUAAUGUGAUAACUGUGACUCUGCAAAUGGAUGUAAAUAAGCUGAAUAUCACAUUGCUUCGGAUUUUCCGCCAAGGAGUAGCUGCUGCUUUAGGACUGCUGCCGCAGCAAGUGCACAUCAACAGACUCAUUGGCAAGAAGAACUGUGUUGAGCUCUUUGUAUCACCAGUAAACAGAAAAGGCGUUUCUGAGACACUACCGUCUGAAGAAGUCUUGAGAUCUCUUAAUAUCAAUGUGCUACACCACAGUUUAUCCCAGUUUGGAAUUACCGAAGUCUCUCCAGAGAAAAACGUCUUGCAAGGCAAGCACGAAUCGGGUAAACUCUGGAGCAAAGAAGGAUUUUAUGCUGUCAUCAUAUUUCUGAGCAUCUUUGUUAUCAUUGUGACAUGUCUGAUGGUCCUGUACCGACUGAAAGAGAAAAUACAAUUUUCGGUGAGACAAGAUAAGAACAAGAAACAGGAAAUACACCUUUCAUCCAUCCCACUGCAGAGAACUCCGUCUGAGUACAAGGCAGCAAACAGAAUGGUCCAGCCCGAACCGGCUCCUAAAGCUGUGAAUGUCAUAGUAGAUCCACAAGGGCAAUGUGCUCCUGAGAUCAAGCCCACACUUUCAACCAGCCCAUCGCCUUUCAAGAUCAAGUCAGUGGGGCUUCAAGAAAGGCGAGGAUCCAAUGUAUCGCUCACCUUGGAUAUGAGCAGCUUGGGCAGCAUUGAACCUUUCGUAGCCGUGCCGACGCCAAGAGAAAAGGUUGCCAUGGAGUACCUGCAGUCAGCCAGCCGGAUUCUGACAAGACAGCAGUUGCAAGACACAGUGACAAGUUCUCAUUUGCUCCAGACCGAAUUUAUGGAAAUCCCCAUGAAUUUUGUGGAUCCUAAAGAAAUUGACAUCCCUAGUCACGGAACUAAAAACCGCUAUAAGACCAUUCUUCCGAAUCCUGUAAGCAGAGUCUGUUUGAAACCAAAGAACCCAAGCGAUGCUUUGAGCACCUACAUAAAUGCUAACUACAUUCGGGGUUAUGGAGGCCAGGAGAAGGCUUUCAUCGCAACCCAGGGCCCAAUGAUUAAUACAGUGAAUGAUUUCUGGCUGAUGGUGUGGCAAGAGGACAGUCCUGUCAUUGUUAUGAUCACAAAGCUGAAGGAGAAAAAUGAGAAAUGUGUGCUCUAUUGGCCAGAGAAGAGAGGGAUAUAUGGAAAAGUGGAAGUUCUUGUUAACAGUGUGCAAGAGUGUGAGAAUUACACUGUCCGUAACCUUACAUUAAAGCAAGGAAGCCUUUCAAGACAUGUCAAACAUUAUUGGUACACAUCCUGGCCAGACCACAAAACUCCAGAUAGUGCUCAGCCCCUUCUACAACUCAUGCUGGAUGUCGAAGAGGACAGGGUGGGAUCCGUUGGUAGAGGACCUGUAAUUGUGCAUUGCAGUGCUGGAAUAGGAAGGACUGGAUGUUUCAUUGCUACCGCGAUUGGUUGUCAUCAGCUGAAGGAAGAAGGAGUUGUUGACGCAUUAAGCAUUGUCUGCCAACUUCGUUUGGACAGAGGUGGAAUGGUCCAAACCAGUGAACAGUAUGAAUUUGUGCAUCAUGCGCUGAACCUGUACGAAAGCAGGCCAUCUCCUGAAGCUGUCCAGUGAAAACAAGAAGGAAGAAGCAAAUAUGUUGAUCUCUCUUGGGGUAAUUUGAUUCGUUACCUACCAGCAACUUCUUCAAGGAGUUUACAGCCGUGAAGAGGAGUGGCGCUGCAGCCAACUUGUAAAAGGAAUGUGGAUGGUUAAAAACAAAAACAAAAGCAUACAAGAUUGAUGGACCUUUGUCUUGAAUGUAUUGUGAGUUCCCUGAACCAGUUUUUAAAUGAAGGUUAAUGUACUGAUGUUACAUUUGGAUUUCACAUAUAUAUCUUAUGGAGGAUUUGUUUCUGUAUUAGUGGGAUCUGCCACACAGAACGUAUGUAACGUAUGUUUGUAUGUUCUACUAUAGAUGGACUUGGGAAAUUCCACUGAAGAAAUGUGUACAAAUGCUUUAACGUUUGCAACAACAACAAAAAGUCUGUCUUGUGAAUAGGCUGUCAGGUGUUCUGCUGUACCUGUUAAGUGCUAUUACCUAUUAUGUGGUAAACUUUAUUCCGAGCCUUUUAUGAUUCUUGCCAAUUAUGAUUCUUGGUCAAUUAUUGGCUUCAAAUGGAAACAAAUAUUUUUUGAAAAGCCCAUUGUUUUUGAAACUAUUCAAAAUCAGUUAGGUAUUUUAUAUGACAGCUCCUAAGUUGUCUUAUACGACAACUCCCAAGUACUCUUAGAUAUUUAAGUGUGUAUAGUAAAUUCUGUAAAGCAUUGUGGAACACAAUGGCGGCCACAUAAAGGGAGUGUUUCCUGUGCGAGCCUGACUGAAAGAAAUAAAAGUUAUAAAAGAAAUCCUGUGUUUCAUUCGAGGUUGCUGUACCCUUGUGAACUUCUCUUUCGCUUCAUUGGGGCUUGCACAAGUGACAUUUCCAGUGGAUUGAGCCCAGUGUCUUUUUUUCAAUGUUGAUGUAUAUAUUUGAUACUGUUGAUUGUCUUAGAAGCUGCUUUUUGCUCCAGGACAGAAUCCGGUGUAUUUGUAAAUCUUGUGAGUCGUUUUAAUUUUUAAAAAAGAGAAACUUUGUAACAUAUACUAAAUGGUAAGAAUUUUAAAUAUUUGCCUGUCUUUUACCGAAAGCUUUUUUUAUAUAAAAAAAAACAAGUUCCAUUUAUUGUAAUGAGAUGGAUGGGUGUUCAGGGGAACACAAACUAGAAUGGACCAUGAGGAUCUUGGUGUUUUCUUCUUUUUAUCUUCGCAGUGAUCAGUUUGUAAAGACAAAAAAAGUAUUGCUGGAACCCCCCAUUUGGCAAGAACUGAGGAGUCUCAGCAUAGGAUUUGAUAAUGAGUUUCUAAAGCAGUUAUGUUACCUUUGCUUCAUCCAACCAAUAAACUUGAUACAAAAUAUUUAAA